AUGACCGACGGUAGAGACUUCAACUUUGCAGAGUUCACAAAUCAGGACGAUCUUCUUCAAUCUCUGGGUGGGGAUGCACACAAUGCUGCUGCUUCGAUAAACGGCUCCGACUCCUCAUACUUGUUGGGGCUUGACAACGACUACCUGCUCGCGCCGUUCGAGAGCGGGAACGACAUUUUCGCCUUUCGCGGUGGCGCUGGUACGGCAGCACUCGGGUACCGACUUGGGAAUCUCAAGAGCGUAACUAACUCAGUAGAAUUCGUAGGCUCGCCGUCUCCUCCAGAGUCACAGGAGCAGUCGCCAAAAUCGAUCAAUACAUCGCCAAACUCGUCCGAAUCCUCCCCUCCACAGAUACCUGGUGUCAAGGGUCCUGACGGACUCACGAUGAUGCACGAUGUCGAGGACGAUUUUCCCAUGCUCGACGAGACUAGCGGCACUAUCACGUUUCCAUUAUCGUCGUCGUCGUCAAAUGGAUUCUUUGGUAGUAACUUUACCCCGCUAGUACCAGCGCCGACGCACCUGCCUGUUUCGUUAGGGGAUAAGAUGGCUGUCGACGACACCGCAAAAUUCUUUGAUUUCGAAAGUGCUGCUAGUUCGCCUCUAGCCGUAAAACUUGAAAGCCAGCGACAGUCCAGCGUACCUAGAUUCUUCCCAGAAAACCAGUCGACACUGAAUCCGCAGCUUAGCUUUAACCCCGACAGUAUUCAGACGGUAUCGACACCCACAUACCCAAAUAACCGCAAGAAGAGGCGAUCCUCCGUUACACUAUCCCCGAACUCGACAGAAGCGCUUGCUUCUUUCACAUUUGACUCCCAUGGCCACCCUUCUCCAGCGAGUUCGGCGGCAAACGGGAUUUCUCAGCAGCGAAAUGGCAAACGGCACAAUUCGACAAGCACGUCUGGCGAGGACGAAACAGCGACACUCAUGAAGUCUACAGGGUUCCGCCCGACAAAAGCCUUCAGCAUUAGCAAUAUGUGGAGUCCAUCUUCGUUUUCUAGCGCUUCGCCGAUGCCCAAUAUGCUCGCGUAUACACCAGUACCAGCCAACGGCGACUUUUCGUAUAAGCUGACAUUGAGAGGCGACCAACCCGGUGGAAGGAUAAAUGAGAAGUCUAGGGUGGAAACCCAGAUCAGGGUCAAUCUGAAUCUAGCACCGCUCCCGCCGGGAGUAACGAAACUACACCUGCCGACACAUACCAUCUCGAAACCUAAGUUACUGUCUAAGCCGCCGCAUCAGAAGACCACAGAUACCUUGGAGUUAUAUACAAGUUUAAUAUGUGCCUCUUCUGUUGAAGGAAGCCCGGAGUUAUUGCAAAGGGUGCUACAACGAGCCAUUGACGAUCCGCUACAGGAGAGAGUCUUUGGUUCUGGAAAGCCAAUUAGCGAAGAUGGCAAGGAAGGGUACACUGCGGAAGAGGAUAAGCCACUAAAUGGAGGCGAGGUCAGGAUCUGCUCCGGUUGUAUCACUCGGGAGCGGAAACGGGCUGCGCGAAAGAAGAUCAAGAAAGUCGAGGAGGAAGAGUCUUGGGCGCGUGAUGAGAGUAAGCGAAUUAUAGUUUUCAACUGCUCUGAGGUUCUUGAAUGGGGUCCACCGGAAGCACAGAAGAAGGCAGAGAUGGAGGCCAAUGAUGGGGAGAUUGUGUCCCCUAUUGAUGGUAAUGCAGAAAUUUGGCUGCCUAUGAGAAUAGCCUGCUACUGCAGGCACCAGAGCGAGAAGAGCGGGUUCAGGAUAAUUCUCACUAUAAAGGACCAUAAUGACAAUCUUGUCGCUCAAAACAUCACACCUCCCAUUCUCAUCACCGACGAUCACAAGACCAAUGCGCCUUCACAACCCGCCGCCCAGCAACCGGUGGCUGCCGCUCCUACUUCUAAAGGGGCCACGUCCCCCUCCGCCAUCGCCCCUGGACCGAUCCCGGUUGCCCCUGCUCCUCCGAGCAAUGCGCUUCCUUACUCUGCUUCGGACACGAAUCUUUUAACGAUGGGCCAAAUUGAUAGACCGUCAAAAGCUAGUAAGACUGGGCACUCGAGACAAAAUUCACGGCAAUCAUCUGUAGGGGCCAUGCAAUCACCACCCCCAUACGCUGCAGCUGCUGGGCCUUCUGCCAAAAAACGGAAGGCCAAUCCAUCAUCCAAAACCAGAUCUGAGCUCACAAUGACAAAAAUCGAUACCUCCGUGCCAUCGACAUCUGCUCAACAAUCUCAAUUCUCGCAACCGCCGUUCACACCUUCCAGUCAAAAUGUCACAAUGGGUGGCAUGUUUGAGCAAUCCCAACCUGUUCCUUUCACACCAUCCACGCCCUUGGAGAAUGGAGCUGGGCCAAACUACUUUGGCUUCCACAACCGUAACCAUAGCAUUGACAGCCUCCAUGGGCUGCAAAUAUUUUCCGCACCAACAUCUGCACAAGGGUCUCGUGUCCCAUCACGUGUCGCAAGCCCAGUUCAGCAAUUCAGCGUUCCUCAGGGCCAGCGACCAGUAUUCACACCUGCUCAGUUCGCCCAAGUCCAGUCCCAGCUUCUCAACGUCGCCAAUGGACAGCUCUCACAAGCCCUUCUACCCUUUGAUAUUACCCGUAUUGUACCCACCGAGGGACCUUGCCAAGGCGGUAUCGAGGUCACUAUCCUCGGUAGUGGCUUCCAGCGAUCUCACACCGUUUACUUUGGUGACAAGCAGUCUCCCCGGACCGAAUUCUGGAGCGACACCACCAUUGUCUGUCUUCUGCCACCUUCGAGUACCCCUGGUAGCGUACCUGUCGUCAUGAGAUACGCUGCUCAGGCUAAUCUCACAUUACCAGGCCGUUCAGGUAGAUUCAUCUACACGGACGAUACGGAGCAAAAGAUGUUGGCGCUAGCAUUGCAAGUUAUCAAUGCCAAGUGGAGCGGGAAGAUCGAGCCGCCGAAAGAUAUUGCUAUGAGGUUGCUAAUGGAUGAGAAGAGUCCUGGUAAUGCCGGGGGCUCGGUUAGCGGAGGUCGGACUCACUCUUCAGGAGGUAACAGCUAUAACAUGCAAGCGUUACAAUUCUUACAAUCUCCGCUACCUUCUAUGGAUAUGGAAGCACAGCUCCUUAAGCUUCUAGACAUCAUCGACAUGGACGACUCCCCAUUUCCCGCCAAGCUGAAUCUAAGGAAUAGGCAAGGACAAACAUUGCUACACCAUGCCUGUGCACUUGGAUACAACCGGUUCACAGCUGCUCUUCUUGCUCGUGGAGCCAACCCCGAUGCGGCAGAUAAGGGCGGGUUCACACCAGCCCAUUUCGCAGCGCUUAAGGGCCACAAGGACAUCGUGAGACGAUUGAGAUUGAACAAAGCCGAUUUCAACAUUCUCAGCCUUAGUGGCGUUGCUCCAGAGGGCCUUACAGACGCUGAAGAUAUUAGAGCUGAGCUAGGUAGCAGGCGAACUAGGAGUCGCCGGCCUUCGGUUAGCAGUGUCUCCAGUGCUCCUGGUAGGGUUGUCAGCGGCCGUAGAAGUCGGAGCGGAAGCAUCGCGUCAGCUAUGGCAAGUUGGGAGCCGUUCGCUACCCACGAUGAAGAACAUGAUGAGAAUACUGAAGAGGAUGAUGAGGUCGAUGACGAAGAGCUGUGGAUCCGACCAAAGAGAACAUUCAGCGGGCGUAACCUAAGGGACCUAGCGGCUGGCAAGCUCACAAUGAUACCACGAACAGCAGAGAAGCCACUGUCUAGAUCCGCUAGUAAGAGCAAUCUCGCCGCUCUCGCAGAGGUAUCUACUUCUUUGCAGUUACCGACAGAUAUGCAAAUCGAUGAGGGCGAUGCCGCCCCGGCCGCAGCGACGGCUGCAGCAUUAGUAGCCAUCCGAGAGCAGUUAGCGAACCUUACGUUGAACUUGCCAAAUUUCCACAACAUGAAUUGGAAUCUUCCGAACCUUAAUCUCCAGAACUUCCAACAGCAGAUGCAUCUCAACUUACAAAACCUUCAAGGCCAAACAGCAAGGUUCAAUGCGCUGCUGCAAGGCCAACGGGCCGCCGAUGCCGCCGCAGUUGCCGGUGACAACGGCGUUGCUCCCGUCGCUCCUCCCGUUACUACCCCACAGACUCUACGGCCCACAAAUACCGAAGGCACUGGUAGCCCCAACUCCGAUUACAAGUGGUGGGAGUUGUUUUCACCACCAAAUGCCCCUCCGGCUUAUGAGGAGUUGUAUCCAGAUGGCACCCCCCGUACCAAUGAUAGCGAUAACAAGCUACGUGUUAUUGGCGAAGCUGUAGCCCAAGUGAUGGAUGCUAAAGUCGCAGCAGCAACAGCAGUGGUCACUCAGAGUGCAACAAAACGAACGACAGCAGGAACCAUCUCUUCCUCUUCAUCAAAGAGUCUGACCAAGAGCAAGAGAAGGCUUUUGACAACUGAGGAACAAGACGCCUUGCGGAUACAUCAUGAGAAGAUGAAGCGAAUCAAAGGUGAUCAGAGGCUUCUGUUUUUCUGGCUCCCGAUAUUCGUUCUCGUCCUAUUCACUUUGUUGACUAGCUGGGGUAGCAAGACAUGGAUUGUGGUGCGGACAACAUACGAUGUUGUAAAGGAGAGGAUGGCAGAGGCUGCUGAGGCUACUGCUGGGGCUGGAAGGAGGGUCGUUGAGGUCGGCGGUCUAUAG